AUGGAAGACCACCUUCACCUUCACCUUCACCUUUCUUGGCCUUUCGGAACCCUCCAAUCCCUUGACCCUGAUGACAUUCGCAUGACCGCUUAUGAAAUUUUCUUCACCUCAUGCAGGUCCUCCCCUGGUUUUGGAGGUCGCAAUGCCAUUCAAUUUUACUCCUCCGAGACCACUGCCGAAGCUGCUCAAGGAUCUCCCUCCAAAGCAGGUCAUGGCGUAGGCAUGGCAGUAACCAGCAAGAUUAAGAGGGCCCUUGGCUUGAAGAUGCUACGCCGCUCUCCUUCUUCACGGAGGAGCAACUCCUGUGGCUCCAAUCCCUUAUCUCCCGGUAAUUCCACCUCCGGGAUUGGCUUCUCCACCGUACCAGGAAGCAGGUCCAGGAGGCCAUUCACAUCUGCAGAGAUCAUGAGACAGCAGAUGAAGGUCUCCGAGGCAAGCGAUAACAGACUUCGCAAGACGCUUAUGAGAACACUCGUUGGCCAAAUGGGGAGACGUGCAGAGACUAUCAUCCUCCCCUUAGAACUUAUUCGGCAUCUAAAGCCAUCUGAAUUCAACGAUGCCCAUGAGUAUCACGUCUGGCAAAAACGUCAACUUCAUAUCCUCGAGGCCGGACUCCUCCUUCACCCCUCCAUCCCCUUGGACAAAUCAAACACCUUCGCUAUGCAUCUUCGAGACAUCAUUCGUACUAGUGACCUUAAACCCAUCGACAUUGGCAAAAACUCCGAGACCAUGAGGACCCUUUGCAAUUGUGUGGUUUCCUUGGCAUGGAGGAGUGCUGAUGGCUCCCCAGCCGAUACUUGUCAUUGGGCUGAUGGUUUCCCCUUCAACGUCAACCUGUACGUCGCCCUUCUCCAUUCCAUCUUUGACUUAAAAGACGAGCCAUGUAUCCUUGAUGAGGUGGAUGAGCUCCUGGAGUUAAUGAAGAAAACAUGGACUACUUUUGGGAUCAACAAACCCAUACACGACUUGUGUUUCACUUGGAUACUUUUCCAGCAAUACGUAAUGACAGGACAUUCGGAGAAUGAUUUGCUUAGUGCCUCCCUCACCAUGUUGACGGAAGUGGCAAACGAUGCCAAGAAAGUUGAUAGAGAGCCUGUCUACGUACAGAUAUUGUCUUCCGUCUUAACUUCAAUCACAACUUGGUGCGAUAAGCAACUGAUGGAUUACCAUCAAACUUUUAGUACCGACAACAUUGGCGUGAUGGAGCAUAUUCUUCCUCUGCUUUUCACGGCCACUAGAAUCUUGGAAGAUGUAACGGCUGUAACUUCAGAUUCUGCAGGGAACAAGGUUGACCAAUAUACCAGAUCCUCUUUAAAGAAUGCAUUCUCCAAGAUGGUAGGAAACAGAAAUGUAAUAAGCCGGUCGACGCCAUCGCAUCAAGUGAGGGAAACGCUUGUUGGAUUGGCAGACGAAACAGAAGAAUUGGCAUUUAAAGAGAAAAAAAGUUUCAGUGUGGUGUUGAAGAAAUGGCACCCAAUAUCAGCUGGAGUUGCAGCAGUGACACUGCACUCAUGCUACGGGGUGUUGUUGAAGCAAUACUUGGCAUGUAACUCUGACAUUACCCACGACAUGCUCACAGUCUUGCAAAGGGCCGACAAGCUUGAAAAGGCGUUGGUUAACUUGGUGGUCGAAGAUUCUGUAGAAUGUGAGGAUGGGGGAAAGACUGUCGUCAGGGAGAUGCAUCCUUACGAAGUCGAUUCCAUCGUUCUAAAGUUUUUAAGACAAUCCAUUAACGGGAGGCUCAAGAAAGUCAAAGAUGUGCUUCAGAGGGCUAAAGAAACAGAAACAUGGAACCCCAAGUCCAAAACUGAACCUUACGCACAAUCAGCCGUAGAGCUAAUGAAGCAGUCUAGAGAUGUUUUGGUUUCCUUCUUUGAAAUUCCCAUUGCUAUUUCUCAAGAUUUGGUUCAAGAAUUUGCAGACGGCAUUGAGAAAAUUUUGCGACAUUAUACUACUUUUGUUGCGUCAUGUGGUUCGAAACAGAACUACAUUCCUACACUCCCUCCUCUAACACGAUGUAGCAGAGGCUCAAAAUUCAUGAAACUCUGGAAAAAGGCGACACCUUGUGCCGUAGCAGCUGGGAUGAGUCCAUAUCAUUUAGGAUUGGAGGAAGAAGGCAACCAUCCACGACCUUCAACCAGCCGUGGAACACAACGUCUCUACAUCCGCCUCAACACCUUACACUACCUUAUAUCCCAACUCAACACCCUUGACAAAUGUUUCUCCAUUUCCUCUAACAAAAUUGUUCCAGCUUCCCACCAGCACCAGCAGCAGCAGCAGCAAAACCACCGACACCGCCAUCCCCACUUCGAGCAAACUCGAUCUGCCAUUAUGGCUGCUACUCAACAUGUAGCUGAGGUCGCAGCCUACCGCCUUAUAUUCCUUGAUUCAAACUCAGUUCUGUAUGGCAGCUUAUAUGUAGGUCAUGUAGUGAAUGCCCGAAUCAGUCCUGCUCUCAGAGUUCUCAAGCAGAACCUCACUCUAUUGAGUGCUAUCGUCACGGAGCGAGCUCAACCUUUGGCAAUCAAAGAAGUGAUGAAGGCUUCUUUCGAAGCCUACCUUAUGGUUUUAAUAGCUGGUGGAAGCACAAGAUGUUUCACUAGGGCAGAUCACGAGAUGAUUGAAGAUGAUUUAAAGCAUUUGAAGAGGGUAUUUGCUAAUUAUGGAGAAGGCCUGAUUCUGGAGGAUGUGGUAGAUAAGGAGGCUGAGACGGUGGAGGGAGUGGUAGACUUAAUGGGAAGGUCUUCGGAGCAGCUGGUGGAGGACUUUACCGUGGUGGCUUGUGAGGCUAGUGGUAUUGGAGUAGGUUCAGGGCAAACAUUGCCAAUGCCUCCCACAACCGGAAGGUGGAGCAGCAGUGACCCUAACACUAUGUUGCGUGUUUUGUGCCAUAGAAAAGAUCGUGUUGCAAAUUUAUUCUUGAAGAGAACUUUCCAUCUGGCGAAGCGAGCCUAA